UUUGGGCGUCCUUCCUCUAAGCCUCUCCCUCCCAGAGACCCCAACCAGGUUAAGGAGACAGAAUAAAAUGGCUGCCUUGACCAUAGACCCAGUGGAGCAGCCACGGAUGUACCAACAGACCCUGCUUCAGGAUGGACUCUGUGACCUCUUGGAGAAUGAGAAGUUUGUGGACUGCGUCCUCAAAAUCCAAGACAAGGAGUUUCCCUGCCACCGGUUAGUGCUAGCUGCAAGCAGCCCCUUUUUCAAAGCAAUGUUUCUGUCUGACUUGGAGGAAAGCAAGAAACGUGAGAUUGUCCUCAAAGAUGUCCAGCCAAGUGUUAUGGGGAUGAUCCUGCGUUACUUGUACACCUCAGACAUUAACUUGACAGAGCAGAAUGUCCAGGAUAUUUUCAUGGUUGCCAACAUGUACCAGAUCCCCUCCAUCUUCUCAGUAUGUGUGUCAUACCUCCAAGAAAAGCUGGUGCUGGGAAACUGCUUGGCUAUCUUCAGGCUGGGGUUGCUGUUGGACUGCCCAAGGCUUGCGCUGGCUGCACGGGAGUUCAUUUGUGAACGCUACCAGGUUAUUGUCAGGGACCAGGACUUCCUCCAGCUUGGCCCAGGUGAGUUGGCCUCCAUCAUCACCUCAGAUGCCCUCAACGUGGAGCGGGAAGAGGUGGUAUUUGAGUCCGUGAUGGAUUGGGUUGGGCACGACAAGGAAGAUCGGCUCAAGAACCUGCUGGACCUGUUGUGCUGUGUUCGUUUCCGGCUGAUACCCUUGGAUUAUUUCUCCGAGAAAGUGGAGAAACACCUGUACAUUAAGAACAACCAAGAGAUCAAGACGGAGCUGGAGCUUGUAAAAAACGCCUACAGAGGUCAGCUGCCGAAGCCCAGCAAACUCAAAGGGGCAGAGGGUGGAGAAGGAAGUGAGGAUGAUGAUGAUGAUGAGGAAGGGCUUCUUCCAGGUAUCCUCAACAAUAACCUUCGGUUUGGAAUGUUUGAGACGGACCUGAUACUGUUGAUAAGUGACACGGGAACUGUGGCCUAUGACCCAGUACGAAAUGAAUGCUUUGUGGCCUCAGACUCAACAGAAAUUCCUAAGAACCACUGCAGUUUGGUCACCAAGCAGAACCAGGUGUUUGUUGCUGGAGGUUUGCUCUAUAAUGAAGAGAACAAAGAUGAGCCCUUCAGUUCUUACUUCCUGCAGUUUGACCCAGUAAGUUCAGAGUGGCUGGGGAUGCCUUCAUUACCAAACCCUCGUUGUCUGUUCGGGCUGGCCGAAGUGGAGAACUCCAUCUUCGUUGUUGGUGGCAAGGAGCUGAAGGAUGGAGAGCAUGUUUUAGACUCUGUCAUGAUCUAUGACAGACAGUCAUUCAAGUGGGGUGAGUCAGACCCGCUACCUUAUGCAGUGUAUGGCCAUGGGGCCGUGUCACACAACGGCAUUGUUUACGUCAUUGGAGGAAAGUCAGAAAGCAAAAAGUGCAUGAGGAGGGUGUGUGCCUACGACCCCAACAAAUUUGAGUGGAAGGACAUGGCUCCCCUGAAGACGGCCCGCUCCCUGUUUGGUAUCACCGUCCACAAAGACCAGAUCUAUGUGGUGACUGGGGUCACAGACACAGGCCUCACAGGCACUGUGGAGGUCUAUGACAUUGCUACAAACAAGUGGUCUGAGUUUACGGAGUUCCCACAGGAGCGCAGCUCCCUUAGUCUGAUCUCGCUGGGAGGAUAUCUAUACGCAGUGGGAGGCUUCACCAUGAUGCCCAGCGAGACCAGCGAGGAGCUCGCCCCAACAGAGAUGAACGACAUCUGGAGAUACGAUGAGUCAGAUAAGUGCUGGAAUGGGAUUUUGAGAGAGAUUCAGUAUGCGGAGGGAGCAACGAUUCUUCCUGUGCAUCUCAAUACGCUGCGUUUCACCAAGCUGUAGCCACACGCGCCGCUAACGCCACUUAGCUAGUAGCGUGGCACUGAUUAAAUGCUGACUGCAGAGUAGGAGUUUCACAGGCCCAAACAAGCUACAUGAAGGGUACGUUUUAAUUUGUCUCCAUAGACAGAGAUACUCUCAAUUCAGAAUCUAUCAUUAUGUUGAAAAUUUCACAGCAGGGGGAGACAAAUCCUUUGGUCACUCCUGAUGCAGGGAAGCAAUGGAGUAAGUUGUUGAUGAAGAUAACAUGAGAAAAAAGUAUUGAGUACUAUUUGUACAUCUUUUUUUUGUUACAUUAUUUCAUAUGUUUUCUUUAUUACUUGUUUGCUGUAAAUGUUGUGGAAAU